AUGACGCCCUGCUUGCUGCGUAAGCGGGAGGAGGAGGAGUUCAACACGGGGCCCCUCUCCGUGCUCACGCAGUCGGUCAAGAACAACACCCAGGUGCUCAUCAACUGCCGCAACAAGAAGCUUCUGGGUCGCAUGAAGGCCUUCCACAGGCACUGCAACAUGGUGCUGGAGAACGUGAAGGAGAUGUGGACCGAGGUCCCCAAGGGCGGCAAGGGCAAGAAGAAGUCCAAGCCCGUCAACAAGGACCGCUUAAUCUCCAAAAUGUUCCUGCGAGGCGUCGUCAUCAUGGUUCUGCGGAACCCACUUAUCGCUGGCAACUAG